AUGUCUUCUUCUUCUUCUCUUCGCAAAAUCUUCGUUUUCCUUGGACUCGUAGCCAUCGUGGCUGCUCAAUGGGGAGUUAACUCUGGACUUGGACUUGGAGUUGGACCAGCUAGAGUUGGAGCAAAUGUGAACGGAGGAGGAUACGGAGGAAGAGGAUACGGUGGUAAUGGAUAUGGUAACGGAUAUGGUAACGGCUAUGGAAACCAAGGAUAUUAUGGAAAUCAAGGUGGGUACGGAAAUCAAGGAUACUACGGAAACCAAGGAGGAUACGGAGGAGGACGUGGAGCCUAUGGAAACGUUGGACUCGGAGUCAACCCAGGAGUUGGAGGAAUGGUUGGAGGACUUCUUGGUUAA